AUGUAGUGCCUAGACAUACCUACAGUCACCUUUAGAAGGGUCUUGAUGUUAUCAUUUAUGUGCGUCGUUUAAAGUUGCAAUGUUCAUUGACAAUUGGAUGGUUGAGUGGCACGCGAGUCCGAGAGGCUUUUACCAUUGCGAAUAGCAGUCUCAUAAAGGCAAGCGCGCGCGCAACCCGCCGCAACCUAGCAUUUAUGUGUGCUUAAAUUUCGGUGUGUGACGUUAUUGUGUCAACGAUUGUGGUUAUCAGUUAACAUGAAAAUUAAUAUAAAAUUAUUCGAUCUCAUCCCGGCGCGGUUUAACGUGGCCUUAAUGAUGUUUUUCGCUUGCUGGGUUAAUUACAUGUUAAGGGUAAAUAUGAGCGUCAACAUCAUCGCAAUGGUUCCAGACGAUAGCGAAGUUAAAUCGGUGAAAAGCGAAUGCGAGGCCAUCGCAAAUGACGAUUCAUUAUAUAAUGACACUAUAAAUGUGAUUACGAAACGGGUGCUACGUCAGCCUGAAGGUGUGGUGACGUUUAAUUGGACAGCUCAAGAACAAGCUUAUGUAUUAUCUAGCUACUUCUGGGGUUACGCCAUCACAUCCCUAAUUAGUGGCACUGCAGCUGAAAUAUGGGGCCCGAGAAAAGUCGUCUUUUUAACAAUGUUGACAAGUGCAGUGCUUACAAUUAUCACGCCGCAGGCAGCUAUGUUGCAUUAUUCCCUACUUGUGGGCACACGAUUCGUCAUCGGUCUUUUAUCGGGUUUUCUUUUUCCUGCAUUGCAUUCGCUCGUUGCUCGCUGGGCUCCUCCAGCUGAAAAAGGAAAAUUCGUGAGCUCACUUUUAGGUGGUGCCAUAGGAACUGUUGUGACGUGGUCACUCACGGGGCCGUUGAUUGAGAACUUUGGUUGGAAUUAUGCAUUUUAUGUACCUGGUAUAAUUGGUGUAGUGUGGUGCUUGGCUUGGUGGUUCUUGGUAUAUGAUUCGCCAAUUCAGCAUCCACGUAUUUCUUCUGAAGAAAAAGAUUAUAUUUUGCAAGCCAUCGGCGAUAAAGUGCAGAGUUCGAAUAAAAAGAAAGCUGUACCUCCUUUCUUAAAAAUUGUUACUUCAUUUCCCUUCCUCGCUAUGGUGAUUCUUCACUACGGUAGUAAUUGGGGACUGUACUUCGCGAUGACUGCCGCACCUAAGUUCGUAUCUAGCGCAUUGGGUUUCAAUCUUACCUCAACCGGAACAUUGUCUUCCUUGCCGUACUUAGCUAGAAUGAUAUUCUCAUUAAUCUUCGGAGCAAUUGGAGACAGAAUCAUGAAACAAAACAUAGUUUCAACGACUUUUGUGAGGAAGUUUUUCUGCCUCUUCUCCCACAUAGUACCUGGAUUAUUACUGAUAGCCCUUGGAUACACUGGAUGCGCGCCGAUACUUUCUGUGGCUCUAAUAACAUUUUCGAUGGGAUCGAAUGGCGCGGCCACUUUGACCAAUCUGGUCAACCACCAAGAUCUUGCUCCUAAUUUUGCCGGAACAUUGUAUGGAUUUGCUAAUGGAAUAGGAAACACAGCUGGCUUCAUUACGCCCAUAGUUACUGCUUAUUUCACUAAAAAUGGGAACGGUUUUGCGGAAUGGCGACCAGUCUUCUUCACCGGAGCGUCUUUGUACAUCGCUUCAGCGAUAUAUUUCAUUAUUUUUGGAACAGGAGAAACACAAUCAUGGAAUUACAUUGAACCAGUUGAAGAAGAUGAAGAAGAAAAGAGACCAAGUGCAAACUCUACCGAUACCACCGUUACUAUCACCGCAAAAACAUAAAACUUUAGUAUCUGUUAUAAAAGAUCAGUUCAGAUAAAAUAGUAGUUACAUAAUUGGCAAAGCCCAAGAAAAGUAAAUCCGAUAAAAAAAUUUAAUCAUGUGGUUAUUAUUAGAGGAAGCUUUUAUGUACUUACUAAUAAUAUAUUUUAUGUUUAAGAUAUAUUACGAAUUUAAAAAUGACAAUAUACUAUGAAUAAAGCUUUUUUUAUUUUCAUGAGGCUUGACUGUGAUUAAAAUAAUUGUUUUUUGAGAAAGAAUUUUUUUAUGCAAAAGUGUUAAAAAUUUGAACAAAUAUUUUUUUACAAAAAAAAUUUUUUUUCUUUCAAAUUUUAAUGAGCUAUUUCUCAAUACUUUGAGCCGUUGUUUACAACAACAUAAAUUAUUUUAAUAAGUUAUACUAUAAUAACGCAUGCUAGUAAGAACAUAGAUCGACUAUGAAGGAAUGAAUAUCAAUUGCACAAAUAACAUAAAAUGCAAUUAAAACGUAGUUAUGAGGUUUCUUAGUAAUUCAUUAAAAUAUGUAGCCAAAAUUGACUCUUUACAAAGUUGUAAGAUUGUUUCUGAAUUGAUUUUAUCAAUCCUUUAUUUUUGAUAUUUUUUAAUUAGCUUAUUAUUUUAAAUUAAUCUAUAGCGUGUUUGUAUAUCUGGUACGAGAUUCAAAAGAAACUGAAUAAUUAAUUGAGAUUUUAUUGAUUAAAUGAUAGGGUUGCUAUUAAAAAAAUAGGAUCACUGAAAGAGGAAUUAUUUGAUAAUAAUAUAAAACAAGUUUUUAGAUUUAAUAAAUAACUAGAAUAUAAUAUUUUU